CGCCAAAGUCCCCUUUUCCGGAUGUGCUGAAACUGCAUUGUGACGUCUGUUGAAUAAGCAACGCAAGCCAGCAUUAGCAACUAAAUCGUCUCAAUUUGAGUUGAAUUUGUUGUGUUCAAAGAGGAAAAUUCUACAAAAGACAGGCAAAAAUGGCUAUGCAAGCUGCGAAACGAGCCAACAUUCGGUUACCUCCAGAAGUCAACAGAAUUCUCUACAUUAGGAAUUUACCCUAUAAAAUCACAGCUGAAGAAAUGUACGACAUAUUUGGAAAGUAUGGACCAAUAAGGCAAAUCCGAGUUGGAAACACACCAGAGUCUAGAGGAACAGCAUAUGUGGUUUAUGAAGACAUUUUCGACGCGAAGAACGCUUGCGAUCACUUGUCUGGCUUCAAUGUCUGCAACCGGUAUCUCGUAGUCUUGUACUACAAUGCUAACAGGGCUUUCCAGAAAAUGGACACCAAGAAAAAAGAGGAACAGUUGAAACUCCUCAAGGAAAAAUAUGGCAUCAACACCGACCCACCAAAAUAGAUUUUUUGUUGAAUAGACAGAUUUGCUUUUCCAUGUGUACAUCGUAUUCCUUUGGAGAUUGAUUUUCCUUUUUGUAAUUUUGAUUAAAUUUGUGACACCUCUCCCCACCCCCCUGCCCAUUGUCUUUACGAUGAUAUGCUUCGUAAUAAUGCAUGUACAUUAUUUUGCAUCUUUUUAUGCACUGUAUUACAGUGUAUUUGUAUGAUUCAUUUGUUCUAUUCAAUCUCUGCAUUUGAAAUAUUAAAAUUACAUUUUUUGUAA